GGGGGCGGGGCCUAUUUGCAGACGUGGCGCCGGCGCUGCUGUUUGCUCGCUGUUUCUGAGCGCGGCCUAGGCCUGUCACUGAGGGAGGAGGCGCGGAGAGAGGAGGAGGCCUCUGGCAUGACGUCGCCCGGAAGACAGACAGAAUUCUCCUUAUAGGAUGACAGGAAAAAGCCAGAAUUUCAGUUUCCAGCCUCCAUCUGUGGUGCAGCCUGCAGUGGAGAGCCAUUCAUAUCCAUUUGGGAAUGGUAUCAAUUCUGAUAGUGAUGUGUUGGAAGAUGAAGUGGAGGUGUACGAACUGCGACCCCGGGGAAGGGAGAAAGUCCGAAGAAGUACAUCAAGAGAGAGACUGGAUGAUAUUGUAUUUAUAACAAAGGAUAUACAAGAAGGAGACACAUUAAAUGCCAUAGCACUUCAGUACUGUUGUUCAGUAGCAGAUAUUAAAAGGGUGAACAAUCUUAUUACAGAUCAGGACUUCUUUGCACUAAGAGCAAUUAAAAUUCCAGUGAAGAAGUUCAGUGUAUUGACUGAGACACACUGCUUUCCAAAAAGACAAGUUUCACGAUCGGCUUCUACUUCAUUCCCUGCAGAAUUUCCAGACACAUCACUAGCUGCUGAGCCAUUAUCCAAUGAGACUGUUGGUAACUUCUUGAAAGAAGUAGAUCGUGAUAUAGAGCAAAUAGUGAAAUGUAAUGCAACAAAGAGAGAAAAUCUUAAUGAAGUUGUUUCUGCCUUGUCUACCCAGCAAUCAAACUUUGAGCCAGAUGGUAAAACCGGUAAACGGAAAGAUCCUUAUUAUGGAGCAGACUGGGGAAUAGGAUGGUGGACCGCUGUGGUAAUAAUGGUAGUAGUAGGCAUAAUAACACCCGUUUUUUAUCUUCUAUACUAUGAGGUUUUAGUUAAAGUGGAUGUCAGUCACCAUUCUACAGUGGAAUAUUCUUCAGUGACAUCCCCAUCGAAACCAUUAGAAAAUGGAAUAAAUCAGCAGAUUUCAUGAAAUUUGAAGUUUUCCUUCUACAAGCUCAAGGUAUGAACAUCCACUCACCACAUUCUGCAAAGAGGAAAAGAAUAACGGGUCCUGUGUGCAGUUUGAAAGUAGCUAUCUUUUGUGAUGGUAUUUAGUACAAGGACACUUCUACAAUCUUGUUGUAUGUGUGGAAGAAGUGGCUUUUGGUACAAAUGGUGUUGGCAAAUUCAAUAUGUUGAUGUUAAGUAUACAUUGCCUGGAUCUGCUAAAAUGCUUCCAUCUAAGAUGCUAUGCUCCCAUUUAAAGUAAUGGGAAUGAAACCAUUUUAAAUGGAAAUAUCUUAACUUUAUAAAACCUUUGAUCAUGUAUGCUGAAAAACAAUAAGUUGAGACAUUGUGUAAGUUUUCUGUACAGGAUUACCUUUACAAUUUCAAAUAACAAUAAUUUUCAGGCACUGUGUAUUUUGAAAGGACAACCUGUUCUCUUCCACCACGAGAAUAAUACAGGGAUUAGAAAUAAUUUGUCUUAUCAGAUGUGCUGAAUAAGUUCAGUUCUCUGUACUACUGAUAAUUAUAGUUGCCCAUGAGGCCAAUGACUCAUGGGACUAACCACACUUGGCAUGUGAAGAUGUCCAACAGUAUUGAAACUCUCUUUUUUCUUAAACAGCUUUAAGAGGGAAAUAGCUUUGAGCAGGGAAACAGGAGAAAUGGUCUUUAAACAGUGUUAUCUUCUCUGUUCCAAAAUUGUUCCCCUUCGUGUACGUCUGUUAUUGUUUUGAAGGCUGUGUCUUUGUGUAUCUACAUGAAGCUGGGAUAUGUCCACCAAUCCAUUUUGGAAUAAAGGAGGGGCAGUGUCCUUUCUCACUUGCUCCUUUAUUUCCAAAACAGUGGAACUCCCAAGACAUGCACAUUGUGUGUAAGAUGCAUUUAGCCAUUAUGGGAGCACAGUAUUUUCCCCAA